CCCACCCCCCACCUUCCACCCGCCCUCCCCUCCCUGCCUCCCGCCCGGUAGUGGUGGCGGCGGCGGCGGGCCCCGGGUGCGGCCGGUUCCCCCUCAGCGCCGCGCUCCCGCCGCCGCCGCGCGCCCGCACCGGCCCAACCAUCGUGUGUCCCCCCCCAACCCCCCCGCCACCCCCACCCCGCCGGCUGAGCCGUGCCGAGCGGCGGCACCUCCUGACCGCCAUUCCGCCCCAAAACUUUCCGUUUUCCCCUUCCCACUCUCCGGGACUUCCUUGUGCCGCCUGUGCGCGCGGAGGGGGAGGAGGAGGCGUGUGCGGCGGCGGCGGCGAGGGGGGAUUUACAGUCUCCUCGCAGGCUGGCCGGGACCCCGGGGGAAGAGGAGUUGCACCAUGCGCGGCAAGUGAGGGGAAAGUCUCCGCCAGCGCCGCCCGCAGAAGUUGAGGCUUUCCCCCCGCCGCCCGCGGGAGCUGUGCCUUUAACGCCCGCUGAGCGAGGUACCUAAGGAUAAAACUGGCCUGAAGGAAAAAUCUGGGGGAAACUGGGGAGCUUGACUGUUCUUGCACCUGAGUAAGUGAAUGCUUAGCUGGAAAUCAACUCUACAAAGUGUUGAAGCUGUUAAAUAUUUUUCAGCAUCUCUGUGCCUAAUCGCAGCCCUCUCAGCUGUCAGAUGCGGUGAUCUCCAUGGUAACUCCAACCCCCAGACUCUUGACAGCAGCCUGCGAGGAGCAGCAUUCAGCAGCUCAAGGGUCUCACGACCAGAGCGUGGAUCACACUUCUCGUAAACCUCAUCAUAUUGAGGUUGGGCUAAGAUGAGCAUAACCAGUGACGAAGUGAAUUUCUUGGUGUAUCGCUAUCUCCAGGAAUCGGGUUUCUCCCACUCGGCCUUCACCUUCGGUAUCGAGAGCCACAUCAGCCAGUCCAACAUCAACGGAACGCUAGUGCCACCUGCCGCACUCAUCUCCAUCCUCCAGAAGGGGCUCCAGUAUGUGGAGGCUGAGAUCAGCAUCAACGAAGAUGGUACAGUGUUUGACGGCAGGCCGAUAGAGUCACUGUCUCUGAUAGACGCGGUGAUGCCUGAUGUCGUCCAGACCCGGCAGCAAGCGUUCAGAGAGAAACUAGCUCAGCAACAAGCCAGCGCAGCGGCGGCAGCGGCAGCAACGGCAGCGACAGCGGGAGCAACGACGACUGCUGUUUCCCAGCAGAACACACCAAAGAACGGAGAAGCCACUGUGAACGGAGAGGAGAAUGGGGCACAUGCAAUAAAUAAUCAUUCAAAGCCAAUGGAAAUCGACGGGGAUGUUGAAAUUCCUCCUAACAAAGCAACAGUCCUUCGGGGCCAUGAAUCAGAGGUGUUCAUCUGUGCCUGGAACCCUGUCAGUGACCUGCUAGCAUCUGGAUCCGGAGACUCAACAGCCAGAAUAUGGAAUCUCAAUGAGAACAGCAACAGCGGCUCCACUCAACUAGUUUUGAGGCACUGCAUAAGAGAAGGAGGACAUGAUGUCCCCAGCAAUAAGGACGUGACUUCAUUGGACUGGAAUAGUGAUGGAACACUAUUGGCUACAGGCUCAUAUGAUGGUUUUGCAAGAAUAUGGACAGAAGAUGGUAACCUUGCAAGCACCUUAGGUCAACAUAAAGGUCCAAUAUUUGCCCUGAAAUGGAACAAAAAGGGGAAUUAUAUUUUAAGUGCUGGUGUUGAUAAAACGACAAUAAUUUGGGAUGCUCACACAGGAGAAGCUAAACAGCAGUUUCCUUUCCAUUCAGCUCCUGCUCUGGAUGUGGACUGGCAGAACAACACUACUUUUGCCUCCUGCAGCACUGACAUGUGCAUUCAUGUAUGCAGACUUGGCUGUGAUCGUCCCGUUAAAACCUUUCAAGGACACACAAACGAGGUUAAUGCAAUCAAAUGGGACCCAUCCGGCAUGCUACUAGCAUCUUGCUCCGAUGAUAUGACAUUAAAGAUUUGGAGUAUGAAGCAAGAUACCUGCGUACAUGAUCUUCAGGCUCACAGCAAAGAGAUUUAUACUAUCAAAUGGAGUCCUACAGGACCAGGCACCAGCAACCCAAACUCCAACAUCAUGUUAGCAAGCGCUUCGUUUGAUUCCACUGUUCGGCUGUGGGACGUUGACCGAGGCGUCUGCAUCCACACGUUAACAAAACAUCAAGAGCCUGUCUACAGCGUAGCUUUUAGUCCCGACGGAAAGUAUCUAGCCAGUGGGUCCUUUGACAAAUGUGUCCAUAUAUGGAAUACUCAGAGUGGAACUCUAGUACAUAGCUACCGAGGCACUGGGGGCAUCUUUGAAGUCUGCUGGAAUGCUAGAGGAGACAAAGUGGGAGCAAGCGCAUCAGAUGGAUCGGUUUGUGUUCUAGACCUGCGGAAGUAAAAGUGAAAUGUUUUAGAAGAAAUUUCAAAUGGACCAGCAGUGAAUGUGUGGGGAGAAGCACUCUUCAAAACUAUUCUUAACAGCUCCAGAACUGUACGAACUUGAACAAUGUUAGAGUGUACCGUGAAAACAGCUCUCCCUGGCCACAGGUGUCUAGUAUUUUGUCCGUAACCUUCAUCAAGGAGUAAAAACACGGUCACUUCAGAGGGGGAGGGAAUGGUUUCCACCUGGAACAUUCAGCCUUGGAAGCAUGAAGCCACCAGCUAGGCAUUGCACUGUUUGGUUUGCGUCUGAGAACUUGCUCUGAUGGCUGGGAAAAAAAAAAAAAAAAAAAAAAAAAAGAAAGAAAAAAAAAAAGCUGUGCCAAAAAAAAAAAUUAAAAAAAGAGGAAAAAAAAAAAAAAAAAAGAAAAAUGCUGUGAUAAACCAAAAGGGAAAAAAAAUCCUCCUCCAUGUGGUGUUGUAUUUUUUCCUUCCAAUUUGGACACUACAGUUGCUCUCCCAAAGGACGUUCAAAGACCAGUUUGUACUGAUGAAAUGCUCAACUUUGUAAUCACAACACUUUCUAUUUUCUAGACUACUUUUUUGUUCAGUGGUUUUUCUAUCAGCUGGAAUAUUACAGCCUGGAAGAUCCCAGGCUUAGGACGAAACCUUUGUUUUCCUUUUAUUUCUCCCUUCCACUCCCAACUUCUCCUUCCUUUUUUUUCCUCCUCUUUCUUCUUGCCCCUUUUUGUUUUCUUUUUUCCCCUGUAUGCCCAUAGUAGAUGCAGCCAGGUGGACAUGACAAUGAAAAUUUUUGACAGACUGCUUCUCCUCUCUUCUCUCUCUUCUUUUUCCUUUCUUUCUCUCCUUUUAAAAGAAAAGAAAAUCCUCCGUGGUUCAGAUCUUAGCGUCUCAAGGGCACUUUCAGCAAAUUGUGUAAUAAGUGCUUUAUAUAAGAAUGCAGUGCUGGGGAAGAUUUUUACAGGAGAAAGAUGACUUUUAACAGAAAGAACCCAGUGUAUUUUUGGAAAAAAAAUAUUUUUUAUGUUAAACAGUUUUAAAAGCCUAAAAUGGCCACCAAAUGUAGACCAGGUGUGUAAUUCAAGCAAAAAGAGUGACACAGAGUCCAAGGAACAUGAAAGGUGCAGUAUCCUUUUUCUCUCCUCUCUCAAAGUGCUGUAAGAAGAAAAUGCCAUUUGAUACAAUCAAUGCCAGUCCUUUCCUUAGAGUCCUCUUCCAGCAGCCAGCCACUUGCAUAGUCUCACUUCAUUCUUGUGGCUGUUUGGUGAUGUGCACUUAUUAGAAGGGAUUCGUAAGUUUGAGACUAUAAACAUAGCAUUCAUUUUCUUGAGGCCAUAUUUUCGUUUAUUCUUAGGAACCAGGAGAAAAUGAUUACGUAUCUUCUCUGCUCUAGCAGUAGUUUGAACGUCAAACAGGACAUGGGUUGGGCUGCCCAUGGCCCUGCUGAGCAGUGCUGUCCUCCGCUGUUCAUCCCACUCAGCUCUUUCUCUUCCAGUAAGUCACUGGGAUUUUACCACUCACUUAAUGGGACCAGUUGGACCAAGAUUUAUUGACUGCGUCUGUCACAUUGUUGAAGAGCAGACUUUGCCAAGCUCCUGUCCAUCCAUGGUUGGCACACACCUGGAAGCCGGCUCUUCCAUGGCAUCAGGCAGCAUGUGGUGCUGCCGUUGCGCUCAGCCUACGUUUCCUGCCUGCUACAAGGAAAGAUCUGGGUCUGCACUUGGAGGCUUCACUGUCAGCCCAGGCAGGUUUAGCCAAGAGGGUGUCCUCAGUGCAGUGCUCAGAAGACAACAUAGAACUCUCCGUUAGGUGAGGACCGAUAAAAGACGUAUAAAUUAUAUCUCAACAUAUAUACUGCUAUAAAGUUCCAGUGGAUGAAGUGAUCAGAAUGACAAUAAAGACGGGAAGCACCACCUAUCCGCUUUGGACAUGAUUUCCUCUGCAAGCAAGACACCUGCAGGGAUGCCUCCUGAUGACAACAUUGAGAGCAAAUGAUGGCUGCAAAGAAGAAUGCAUGGGCAGAGUUUACUGAAGCUGCUGUAAACUGUGGGGGAACCUUGGGGUGGUGGCAGCCGUUAUUUAGACAAAUCCUUAGAACUGGCUGAAUCAAACAAGUGUCCUCUCCUGGCCCACAGGCUAGAGAAAGAAAAACAAGCAGAGAACUCCCUUGACAUCGUGUGGUACCUUCCUGCCCAAAGUCUCUGUUUCUGUAAUGCAAGAUCUUCCCUUUGGUUUGGCCACAGCUGCUAAAGGGAUUUGAUCUGAGCAAAACCAAAACCAGAGCCCUAGUGCUGAACUGGUGGUGCAAGACCCACCAGUCAUCAUCAUGGCAUCAUCAUGGAAUCUGUAGCUCAUUUAUUCUCCUGUGUUUUCCUCUCUUUACGCUUGCAUCUGCGCAGUGUCUUAAUCCUUCCAGUGGAACUAACCACUGCCAGCUUCAGCUGCAUUUCUUAAAGAUACACAUUUGGAAACAAGAACUCAAGAAUGAAAAUAAAUAAUUCCUAAAAAAGUUACUCAGUCCUGAGGUGAAAACAGUUAUGAGGGAUUUUGUUUAUUACAGAGAGUUAGGCUUGUUCAUAAUUUAUAUCAAAGAAUUGGACACUGGAAAGUAUCAAGGUUUAUUUUUGGUGUUAAAUGCAUUUAUGUGAUGGUUUUAGUUUUCUGCUCCAAGAGCAUGGGCUGUAGAUGAUUACCUGGCAGUUUUGCACUGUUUUAUAAUAACCACGUGUACCUACUCAUUUAAGUUACUACUUUUUUUAAAAAAGUACUUGUUCAAAGAGAGACUUGAAUUUGAAUACAAAGGUUUAAUGUGGUUUUAUAAAGCAUGGUUGGGUCAAUGACUUGAUUACAAUCAUUGCACAUACACGGUUAACUUCCUAAGCUGCUUUUGGGUGGCGUUUCUGAGAAUUAACAUGCAGAAGCCCCCGUUCUGCAGGUGGGGGAGGGCAGUGGGAUGGGGCCCUGGCCUCACUCUGUCCCUCGAGUGACACCCUCAUGGGCCAGACCAUGGGGUUCAGAGAGAUGAGGUUGCUCAGGCCAAGCGCAGCGAUGGCCAUGUGGCCACCUGGCUACGUAGCCCAUGUCUCGUGGUUGUUCCCGCCAUAGCUACUGUAGAUAACUCAGCAGUGUCCAUGGUGCCUGUUUCUUUUUCCUUUUUCAAUAUUGUCAGAACACCGCGUUUCCUCCGCCCACCUGCACGGAGGUAAGAAGCCAAAAAUCAGUUGGCUGGCGAAGACUGUGUGAGAGAAGCUGCUGGUCCAGGGAGUUUUCUAUACAGACCAUCAGAUGUGAAAGCAGCGUAUGCGAAAAGCUAAGAAAAUUGACCUUUCUUCCCUUCCCCAAGACCGUAGAGACUGGAAGAUCCUCAAAGAUACUGUAGUAGGUCAUUAUCAGCCAAGGGCAGCUAGGAAGGAAGGCAGAAGACGUAGCUGCAGAGGCUAAUCCUAGCCUAGCACGCUGCUUGCUCCAGGAGGUGGGCAACGGGGAUAGAGGGCCUUUUCCAUGCUGGACUUAAGGUGGAUGUCUAAGCCCAGACCUGCCGAACUGCCCACAGGGAAGCUCUUGCUUUCCCCCUCUGCUGUGGCAGCAUCCCCUGGGCUAGUGAUGCCGUUCUGUGGGCUAUUGAUGCCGUUCUGAAGCUCCCUGCACCAGAACCACAUACAGCAACAGGCCAGCAAACUUGAGACUGUUUUUUUUCAUAACAAUAUUUUUUGACAAUUCUGUUUCUAGUUCUUUCUAACAGAAGAGAAAUGGAAGAAACUAAGUGACCAAACAGGACUGUGAAACCAUGGAGAGGCUGACUGGAUUUUUGUCAUUGCUGGCUGUCUGGAACUGGCCUUGAAAUGAAAAUAAAAAACCGCUCGACUCUGUGGGUUAGAAGGAUACUGAAUCUUUUAUGUAGAAAACACUGGGUCCCUUAUGGGGCACUAAAGGGCCUGAUUUACAGGGUUAUACACACAUUAACCCCAUGCUACAUCUUAGAAAUUUCCUUUUAAUUUGUUUAAUAAAAAAAAAAAAGAAAAAAUAGAUAAUUUUAGAGCCAAGUGAAGUGCACUUUGUCAAAUGUAAGGGUCUGCUUUGUUUUUGGGUUUCUUUUUUCUUUUUCCCUUUUUAAUUUUUCCUCCUUUUUUUUCCCUCCUUUUGCCUUUUUAAAAGAUGUGGUUCUUUGUCAGUUGCAGAAAUGUUCUUUCAGCCACUCACUGAAAUUCUGAAUUCUGGCUUCUGCAGUUUUUAUUGUCUGUGUCAGACUUGCAGCCAGACUUGGUUCUCAUUUCAGCAUUUCCCAGGUUCUGUUGAAACAACAUCAACCCUUAUUUUGUUUCUCCCCCACCCACACUUUCUUCAAAUUCACCUUGUGUAUUGUAGCUCAUUUGUUUUAAGGAGAGAAUCAACAGAUCAUAUUCAGUGUCUUGAAUAAAUUGCUAUAUUUUGAUAUUAGAGAA